UAGGUCAUAGGGCGAUUCUGUCGAGACUGAGCCGCUUUUGUCACGAAACAACAUGGCCGACCACGAUGCAGAACAUGCCACAAGCAUCAAAGGCGGCAUCAGGAUAGGUGCUGUGGCAGGCGACGAGGCACGUCAAGCGAUCGAGUACGAGCAGAAUCUCCCCUUCACCGAAACUCUAAAACUAUAUCCGAAGGCGAUAGGCUGGAGUGUUUUCUUCUCCCUUGGGAUCCUCAUGACAGCCUUCGAUCCACAACUGCUCGGAAACCUCUACGCAACUCCAGCCUUCCAACGUGACUUCGGCUACCUCUACGAAGGCAGCUACAUAAUUUCCGCACCCUGGCAGACCGGCCUCUCGAUGGGCAAUCCCAUAGGACAAGUCGUUGGAGCCUUCUCCGCCGCAUACCCGCUUGAAUGGUAUGGUCGUAAACGCACCUUUGGUGUUUGCGUGAUCCUCACUGCGGCAUUCAUCUUCAUACAAUUCUUUGCUCGUUCGCUUCCGGUUCUGCUAGUGGGUGAACUGCUAGGCGGACUGAUCCUGGGAACAUACGCGGUCAUUGCUCCAGCUUAUGCAUCAGAGGUCUGUCCAGUGGCGCUGAGAGGUCUCUUGACGAGUUAUGUCAAUUUGUGCUUCGUCAUGGGACAACUGAUCGCGAAUGGAGUGAUCGCAGGAACAAGCCAGUUAGACUCGCACUGGGCAUAUUCAGCACCUUUCGCUGCUCAAUGGGUAUGGCCUGCUGUCAUUCUGAUAGGCUGGCCUUUGGCUCCGGAGAGUCCGUGGUGGCUCGUAAGAAAGAAUCGUAUCGCGGAAGCAGAACAAGCUUUGAAGCGGCUAGCGAGCGACAAGGUUGAUGUCCGACCUACCUUGGCGAUGAUCAUCGAGACCGAUAGACUCGAGCUGGAAAUGGAAGCUGGGAGCACAUAUCGGGACUGCUUCAAGAAGAUCAAUCUACGCAGAACAGAAAUCGCGAUCGGAGUCUACAGCAUCCAAGUAAUUUCCGGAGUUUAUCUCGUUGGGUAUGCGACAUACUUCUUCGAGCUGGCGGGACUGCCAACAAGAGACGCGUUCGGCAUGAGCUGUGGGUUUCUGGCGCUGGGAUUCCUCGGUACACUGUUCUCCUGGUUCCUGCUCUUGCGCUUCGGGAGACGGCAGAUUUACAACCUCGGGCUGCUUCUCCUGGUCGUUCUUAUGAUUCUCAUUGGCAUACUGGAUUGCAUUCCUGGAUAUGAGGAGAACAAGCCUCUUAUAUGGGCACAGUCGAGCCUCAUGCUGGUAUGGAACUUUUGCUACGACUUCUCUGUCGGCCCCGUGUGCUUCGUCAUUCUCUGUGAAGUCUCCGCAACGAAAGUACGCAGUAAGACGAUCGCUGUCGCCACAGCUACACAAGCUCUUCUCGCGAUCGGGAUGACGGUGGCCAUACCCUACAUGCUGAAUGCCGAUCAGGCGGACAUGCGCGGCAAGAUCGGAUUCUUCUAUGGAGGUCUUUCGGCUAUCGCGCUUGUCUGGGCGUACUUUCGCAUACCGGAGACGAAGGGAAGGACGUACGAGGAACUUGACAUCAUGUUCUCGAGGGAUGUUCCGACAAGGCAGUUCAAGAAGUAUCGUGUAGAGUAGCGUGGUUCGACACUGCAAUACUGCUACGUCGAGCAUGGGUCUGGUUUUAAAGGUUGAGGGAGAUAUUGGGUGCGCUGGCUCCGCAAUCAAUCCCUGUUGAAGUGAAGGCCCUUGUCAUCAAAGAGCCUCGUUGGCUUUGCGACUGUCAUAUCUUCUCGCUUAUCCAGAUCGCGCCUCGACAGCCACCUCUGAUGACUCCAGUCAAAAGCUCAUAUGGAUUCGCCUCUUUCGCGUCGUUCUCGACUGCA